AUGCUUUCAGGGCUUUACUCACAUAACACCCGAUCGCUGACACUCAUUUCUCUACAGAGCCACAAGUCUUUCCGAACCAAGCAGAAGCUUGCCAAGGCCCAGAAGCAGAACCGCCCUGUGCCUCAGUGGGUUCGCCUCCGAACUGGCAACACCAUCCGCUACAACGCUAAGCGAAGGCACUGGCGCAAGACCAAGCUCGGUAUCUAA